CCUUAUCACUUCUCUCACGCUUCCCACCAAUUCGCAAUAAAAAGUUCUUUGUUCCAUCUCCAACAUCACGUCAAGAAGAGAGAUUUUGAUUCGUCAAAUUAAUUAAAGAAUUACAAGCCCAAUGGAGUAUCGGAGUGAAGAAAAUGGUCAGGAGAGUGACGAUCCCACAUUUUCCACAACAAAUCUACUUGCUGAAGACCUUGAAGAGCAGCCAGACUCACUGGCGCAGCAGCAGAACGAGCGCAAAACUCCCCUAUUCACCGUCGAACCGGCGGUUUUCCUCAUUUUCUUCGGCUGGAGUCUGGCCGGACCCGUGUUCACGAAUCUGGUAGUGCAACAGACCUGCACAGAGUUGCUGGGCUUCAACGCGAGCGACUGUCAGCAGCUGGGCACGGCCAACGAGAGCGAGUACAUCCAGAAUCUGGAGCAACAAGUGCAACCUUACACAGCCAAGAUCAUCCUGGUGCGCUCGCUGAUCGAGCAGAUCUUCCCGGCCAUCUGCAGCUUCUUCCUGGGCCCCUGGUCAGACAAGUUCGGCCGCAAGCCACUGCUGUAUGCGUGCUAUUCAGGCUACUGCUGCGUGUACCUCCUGCUGGCGGGCAUUGCCUUCGCCUCCGCGAGCGCUCCUCUCAAUCCCUGGCUCUACAUCCUCGCGUACGCGCCCGUGAUGUUCUCCGGCGGCACUUGUGCCCUCAUCACGGGCGUCUUCUGCAACCUCACGGACGUGACGACGGAGAAGAAUCGCGCCAUCCGCAUGGGCGUGAUGGAAGGCGUGCUGUACGCCGGGCUGUUUGUCGGUUCCAUCAGCAGCAGUUACAUCCUGCAGUGGACCAGCGCCGCCACCGUCUUCGCCGUGUCGGCGCUCUCCUGCCUCCUGGGCCUGCUCCACAUCCGGCUGUGCGUCGCCGAGACAGUCUUCUGUCCCGAUUUCCAGGGGUCAAAAUUCCGCGAACUCUUCCGCUUCGACCAUGUCCGUGAUAUGCUCGUGACGUCCUUCAAGCCUCGCCCAGACAACAGGCGAGCCAUCAUUUGGCUGGCCAUCUUCGGCCUCGUGCUCUCGCUGGCGAUCAUGGAAGGCACCGCGACGGUCUUCUUCCUCUUCACGCGCGCCAAGUUUGGCUGGACAAUUCGUGAUUACACCAUUUAUGAGUCCGUCAGCAUUGUGGUGCAGCUCGUGGGUGCCCUGUGCGCCAUUGCGCUGCUCAAGAAGAUCUUCCGGAUGUCCGAUGCCAUGAUAGCCGCCGUGGCGUUUGCCAGUGAUUGUCUGCAGAAUUUAGCGCGCACGCUGGCCGUCACGCCGGCGGAUUUGUACUUUGGCGUCGCUGUGGGUGUGCUGAAGAGCAUCUCGGGGCCGAUGGGCAGAGCGGUGAUCUCCAACGUGACGCCGGCCAGUGAGAUUGGGAAGGUGUUUUCGCUGGUCACAGCGCUGGAAUCCGUGUCGCCAAUCGGCUCGGCGCCUCUUUACACUAUCAUCUACACCAGCACCAUCGACACAUUCCCGUCAGCCUUCAACGCCGUGAGCACUGGUGGCGUCUUCCUCUGCUUCCUGACCAUGAUGGUCGCCUAUGUGCUGCACAAAGGUCUUCCGCGCGUGCCUUACAACAAUCUCGAGGCGUGA